AUGGCCUCCGUAUCGGGUCAGUGUGCCGGGGUUGACCACCUGGGCCGUGCACCGACCCCAGAGGAUCUGCACCGAGUAUAUCUACGGACGGUUGAGGGUACUGACACGGUGUUUAACACGCUAUUAUCCAUACUGCGACAGCCGGCCCUUGGCCAGUACGUUCGUCAUGUGAAGCUGGAUCGCGCCGUGGCCUAUCCAAUCGAGCCGCCCGAUCUGAAAACCACGAGAGAGAUAAAUGAGGAGGAUCGGAAAUUACUAGAGGGCGCGGUACGCCAGGCCGGGUUUGAAGGCAAGCAGCAUGACAUGAUGAUGCACAUCGUUACGCAUCGAUCACGUGAACUCAGCUUUCGCGAUAGUCAGCAAGCAAUCGAUUUAAUCCAUCUUACGCAGGCGCUGACUGCUUUGAUUAUUUCCGUCGCUCCAAAGCUAGAGUCUUUCGCCUUUCCCGUUAUACGUUCUGAAUUCGACUCACCGAGCGAAUGCUAUCUGAUGCUGCAAGCGUUCUUGGAGCGGGCGAAUGCCAAUCCGACGAAAAUUUCAUACCUACAAAAUCUACGCGACGUCUGCUGUCUUGGUAACAAAGAUCUGAUUUUGAGUGAUGAGCGGUUCUAUGAGAACUAUGACCUGGCGGAGCAGAUGAAGUUGGUCGGCAACUUGCCGGCCGUGGAGACCAUCAGGGUGGAUGCCAUUGAGGAUAGACACGAAAGUAUCGAGCUCGAACCUCGAUCGACCAACUUCAAGAAGGUGUAUAUCCGGAACUCGAACUACUCCAGUGGAAGCCUGGCCGAAAUCAUCAAGUCGUGCAGAAGGCUUGAAGAAUUUGAAUACUCAAUCGGCGGACGAGGUUCUGUCGAUGGCAGCCACGCUAUGUUCAUAGAGCGGCAUCUGCUAGACGCAUUACUGUAUCAUACAAAUACGCUACAAAAGCUCGAGGUGGAUGUCGAUGAGGAAUUCAUCGAAGAGCGACCAGCGUACUGGGAUACAGAGGACGAAUAUAGCGUCGGAGAAGACCCAUACGAGGGGGAUUACGUUGACGGACGGCCUGAGUCACUCCGAGACUUUACGGUUAUGAAGCAUCUCCGUAUAGGAAUCAAGCUGCUGAUGGCUCUUGCACGUGCUAGUAUUGGCAAGGGUGGCUCGGAGGAACCAUUGUUUUCUUUAGUCGACAUCCUUCCACCAAACUUGGAGUGCCUGUGUAUCUUAGGAUAUACAGUUGGGGCCAAUAGUAAGCAUGACGCCCAUAUUUCCUUUCUCAUGGAGAAUCUCGACAGGCUACCAUUAUUGAAGGAGAUUGCUGGUGUGGAUGUACAUAUACCGAACGCAAAGUCAGUCGAGAAUCCUGACGAAGAAUAG